AUGCAGCAGACGUCCUCUCCAAUGCCUCCUGGAUGGGAUCUCAAAGGGCUUGGAAAAGGAACUCCACAGAGCUUUCAGCAGCUUCCAAUGCCUGCACCAGCACCAUUGCCGCCGCCACCGCCUAUGAUGAGUGGUUAUCCGUCACCGCAAGGCGUUCCAUGGCUUCAUCAACACAUGCCUGCUAUGCCGUCCAUGCAUUUCCUGCCACAACAGUCAGAAGCAGAUGCAAUGGAGGAAGCGGAAGAGCGGAAAGCGGCACUCAGUGCACAACAAAAGCUCAACAAGAUCGUCAAGGCGGCCAAGAAAGAAGACAAUCUGUCUUCGGAAUUCCAGUCUCUUGUGCACGCAGAGAUGAAGAAAGACGACAAGGAGAGCACCAACAAUUUGUUGGCAGCGGUCAGAGCAAAUGGGAAGGCGAAAGAAGCCCUCUUGGAAGUGGAAUCAUCAAGAAUGCAACUCUGGUCUCAGUGGAAAGUUUUCUUGCAACAAUCCGUGGUCAAGUGGAAAGAAUACACGUCUCAAUUUCAAGCAUCGGAAGCUGCUUUCCAGUCCAAGAUGCAAGAAGCCACCCUGCACCUGCGACGUACGCAGAGGAGAGUGGACAUUGCCAAGAAGCGAGCAGAUGCUAUGAACAAGGACGAGGACAUCAGCCUCAUCACGGAAGACGAGAUGGAAGACUCAGAAGCCAGAGAAGAAGAAGAGAUUCCAAGAGACGAAAACGCACAGAAAAUCCAGGAAGGAUUGAACAAUGUAGUCUCCAGCCUCACGGAGCUCUCGGACUCAGCAGACAAACUGGAGCCGAAGCCCAAAAGACCUCGUACAAGGGACGACGAGAACCCAGGAGACUCAAAGGCUGGUGGGCGACAGCCCUCUUUGCAGCCUUUUCGCAAGGCCGACGGAGCUGAACCAACGUUUAUGUCCCCGUGGAGUGCAAUUGAAACAGCGUCAGACUUAGCAUGUGAGAUGGGUUAUGACUCCAAGCUUCGUAUUGACCAAUUUGUUCUACCAACACGUGGCGACGUUGAUGUUGAAGUUCGUGAGAAACAGCCUUGCAAAGUUGUUCGUUUUGCCGAAUCGCCCCAGGCCUUUCAGGGGAAAGGCGCUCCUGAACAGUUCCCGCAGGAGAGUGUACGGCAUUACGAUGGACAACCAAUAUCACAAUUUUGGCAUUCACCACGCAGUUGCCCCAUUGACCCAACCGGCGGCAGCAAGUCUCAAGCAUCUAGUUCCCGGGAUGCAACAUCAUCAUCGAAUCGACAUUUUCUGGACAGAAGAUUGCCACAAGAACUACCAAACUAUGUGAAUCAUCUACAGCAUCUUUGGCGUGACAAUCACCUGAGGAUUGCUGAGGGAGAACAUUAUUGUGUGCGCACAUGGUACAUUCAUCAUACUCAUCAUCCAGUCUGGCGAGUACCACGAUUCAUUGACUUGACAGAGGAUGUCUUGACAUGGCAUCGUAAGGUGCUUUCUUCCUGGUCAGACCACAUCCAUAAUGAUGAGUUGCUCAACAUUGCCAUUGCGACCCCAGAAGUUCGCGUCCAAACGACGCACAAACAACAUCAUGCCGAUCUCGUCCUGAUUCAAGGUGAUCCUGAACGUAAAGGGGCUAUCAUCACUGUCUAUCCUCCAGGAGUUGAAGAACAUCUGAGCACCACUCUGGCAGUUUCCUUGCCUGAGCAUGUCAGUGGAAUGGACGUCAUUACUGGAGCGGAGGCACAAGAUCUUCUACUUUCGCAUGCCUGUGAUGUCUUUCAUGCCGGAUUUCAACUGCCGAUUGGGACAGAAGCUUUACAAGGACUUUGGAUCCACCAACUUCAUCAGCCUGCUCAUCACUGUUUUGUGAGAUGGACAACCUACAAUGUCAUCCUCUUUGACGCGUUACAGUCGGUUGGACUCCAUCGUGAUCUUGCUGUUGGUUUUCAUUAUGUUCAGGCGCCGCUAGUCGAUCAACAUGAAGCAGAAGAAUCCAUCAUCAUUCAACGGGUUGGAGACAUUGAAGGUGGAUCGCCGGCAAAGCUGGUCAUUGUAGAUCUCACUUUUGCUGGUCAACUUCAAGGAUCUCCCACAUAUCAUAGACGAGUUCAAGUUUUCCCGAGGCAUCUCAGUAGAACUGGAGUCCUUCAGGAACUGAACUUGGCAGACCCUUGCGUCAUUGAGGCAGAUCGGUGCACACUACAUCUCAACAAUGCACUGUGGGCAAAAGAGGAUGCAGCUCCGCGUGAACUUGCUCAUGGUGCAUAUUUGAGACUUGAGGUAAGGCUGCGCAAUGACGAGCAAGAGGUCAAGGUACAAUCUGCUACACAGUGCAGUAGACCAUUGAAGAAGUCGAAGCAUGGAGAUACUACUGAUUCUGGAGACGGAGCGUCAUUUUUCCAGACCGGUACUUGGCAUAUUGUCCAACACAGUUCCGCUUUUCCAAGUUUGGCCAGUACGAGAACUGACUCAGGCACAGGUGUGACUAGGCCUGCACACAUCCCACAAAUGGAUGCCAGAGCAUGGAUGGUGCCUGCAAGAGCAGCAUUUCGUCAAUGUGCGGAAGUGGAACAUGAAGAUGAAGGUCCAGUCAUUUACUGGAAAACCUGGUAUCUCCAUUAUCAAAGAUACACAAGGAACUCAGAGUCGCGCACUCUUCGCUUGGAUGAGGCACGACAAUUUUGGUUCCCAGAACUCUGUGAUCUCUGGCGUGAUGCAAUGGACCCAUUUGCCCCGGCCAGGGUCAUCUUUGUGCAUCCGAACCCUCCAGAGACGGACAAUCCACAACACAUUGGGCACUUGAUUCUGGUUCAAGGUCAAGGACCCGGUGUACCGGUUCUGGUUUCUGGACUAUUUGAACAUCCUAUCCAUCGUCGUGUAUGGCACUUUGCAGCUCUCGCUGAGGAGUUCGCGACGAAGCAGGAAAUUCUGGACAUACUGGGCAUUCAGCGAUGGUGUGAUAGGAGAGAAUGCACCUGCACUUAUGGAGGAGUGAUGCUUGCAGGUGAAGAAUUGGCCAGGUUGCAAGAUGGCGACAGUGUGGUCACGAGCAUUGGCAGCCCAACCAUUGGCCAAAGCAGUGAUGUCACAUCAUUGAUGCAAUCAUCAGGUCCUCCUGGCCCCUCCAUUUCACCAGCUUCGACCGGAGCUUCACAAGCUGUAACCGGACAUCAUUGCCCAGGUUUUCAAUUCAAUCCAGAUGCACCAGCAUUCGAUCCAUCAACACCGGAUCUGCGUACUCUCUCAGAAUUCAUGGCGGAUCUAUGGGAGAGAUGGGAUGCAGUCGCCUUUGCGUGGGAGGAUGAGGACAAGUCCACGACGUUGGCGACGUGGUUUGUGGAUCACCGAUGGGGGCAGCCACAUGGUUUCGAGGAGCGUCGACAACAACUUUUCAAGGACUAUGCCAACUGGGAAGAUCAAAUUCAGAGAAGAUGGCAUGACCUUUGGGAUGUCAAUGCUGAACAUGAAUUCCAUGUUGUCGAGCCCCAACCUCCAUGCAACACCGCGGAUGCGGAGAUCCAUGUGAUUGUCAUUCAGCACCCCAAUCCAAGCUGGGUCACCAACUUGGUCACCCGGGAGGAAAGUACUAGACGGGACAAUGACAAUUACUGGCGCAUGGCUGUCACCACACAUGAACACAUAUGGCCUGAAAACAUUCUGCUUGCCACGCAGAUGGCCCCAUUCUGCAGAGGAGACGGAGCACAAUGGGAUUGUGAGGUAUGGAUUGGCAAUCGACCAAUCCAAAUGGACAGAGUUUUCCAGGGCCGAAGUGGUUACAGCAUCAUUCUACGUCUUCGACCAUUAUUGGUUAUCGUCCAAGGAUUGGAGCCAGUGCAAAUGCAAGAAUCAGAAGAUGAAGCCAAUCUUUUGCAGAUUGCUUCUACACAGCGUCAUAGUCACGCCAGAGUCAGGGAUGAGCGCCUAACUGACAGAUUGGUGGCGCAUGACUGUCGGCCAUCCGAGACUCGAACACUGCAUUUAGCCGAGCUGCUAGCUCCACCGUUGAGCCAUCCUGACACCGACAUGAAUGGAGAUGAGACGCGGCUGACGGCCGUACGUCUGCUCUCUGGUGCAGAUGAACUCCAAGUCCCGCACUAUGUGGAAGUGAAAAUUGAUUAUACAGCAGAAGAUUUGGUGGCCGAGCUACGACAUUGGGGACUUCACUGCCAAGUCAUCCAGUUUGGACUGCAUGAGAGUUUUCUAUGCUUGCCAGUCGACCACACUUUUGAGUCGAACAGACACUUCUUCAUGUUUGCCAAUGAUGACACAUCAGAUGACCAUGGAAUUUUUCUACAUGCACAUCAUGAAGAGCUGGAUCAUCGUGGAAUUCUACGCUUACUGGAUCAGAUGGAUUAUCCGCGAGCAGUGAUCAUCUCAGAUGUAUCACUUCCGUGCGGACUGCGACAGAUUCGCUUUCGCAACGUUGUUCCCACUUUUGCAGCCCCGCCACGACCCAUGCGAUCACGUACCGCAUGGCCGGACCGCACAGUUGAUGAGUGGCAAGAACGAAAGCUUUUUCCACUGACCAGGCACAAUGAGGUCUCCACACAACGCAUCACCACAGGUUUCAAUGAUCAAGAUGUCCAGGAGCUUGUUGAUGCUGGUGCGCAUUUUCUUCAGACCAGUUUUGAGGGCAUUGAUCUUCCUGACUUUGUCAUGGAGAAGGUGAAUGUCACGCGCACGCAGCAGAAGUAUGACCGAUGGCUCAUUUACACCGAUGGUUCCUCGCAAUCCACACUACGUCGGAUUGCCCCAGAACGGGUCGAUGAGCUAGGUGUACCUGAUACAUGGGCCAUGCUUGUCCUCGGUGAGAAGUUCCUACAAGAUGGUCAAUCUUUGGUCGAACCCAUUGGUUGGUGCACACACCCAGUGAGGUAUGACGCCAAUGGCUCCUGUUACACUCAUGCAACGAGGAUUGGGGCAGAAGUCGCUGAGCGUGACGCGCUGAUUUGGUCGGGGAUUUGGAGGCUCACACAAGAUAGUAUCACCCCAACCAUAUUUUGCUGUGACUCACUGACAUGUGGACGACAAGCGUUCGGUUUAGCAGGCACGGGCGAUGCAGACCCUUCAUACAGAAUGUUAAGGGGCAUUUUCCAAGCACUGGAACAUGGAUUACCACAAGGCCAUCUUCGCCUUCACCAUGUCACUGCGCAUGCAGGCGAUCCGUACAACGAGUUUGUGGACAUAGCCGCCAAAAGAGAAGGACAGCAAAGCUUUCUUCAUCGCCGAGCUGACCUUGAUCUACAAAAGUGGCAGCACAUUUUUCCACAUCUAUGGUUGUGCUUCGCCAGUGAGAGUGGACUACCCCCAUGGCGAGAUGGACAUCUUGCAGUCGAGCUGCCGAAGUUGCCGUCCUCCCACCCAUGUGAAGAAGGACAUGAUGGACAAGGACACACAGAGGUUUUUGACUGCACUUUGAGCAUGGCAUCUGCAAAUGUGUUGUCUCUGUCACGAGGCCCACAAGGACACUCCGGAAAAUUGCAUUACUUAUAUGCACAGAUGCAGUCUUUUGGUCUUCAUGUUUUGGGAGUCCAAGAAAGCAGAUCGGAUGAGGGAGUCACGACUUCAUACAAGAUACUGCGUAUCAGUGGUGGUCAUGCAGAGAAGCAAUGCGGAGUUGAACUGUGGGUGAAUCUCCAACAGCCGAUUGCGACCACAACCAUUGGAGGGAAAGCCUACUUCGCAGCCUCAGACUUCCAGGUGAUACACCGAGAUCCAAGAAGGCUGCUGGUUCGGGCGGAGAACAAGUACAUCAAUUGCUGGUUUUUUGUAGGACACGGGCCUCACUCCGGACGACCAAAAGAAGAACGCAGUCAAUGGUGGGCAUUCACCACUGAGAUCUUACGAGGACACCUUGAUCAACGACCAUGCUUCUGGAUGAUAGAUGCCAAUGCUGAGCCGGGCACAUCUGACAACCAGGCCGUGUUCCAGCAAGGUCUCCGUACAUCGAAAAACACAGAUUUGUGGAGGGCAUGUCUGCGAGCAUUUGACAUGAGUCUGCCUUCAACUACAUGCAUCCAUCAGGGAGAACGUGACACAUGGACAGCAAUCGACGGUGCGACCACACACUGCAUUGACUAUGUUGCUGUGCCUUCUACAUGGUUAUCUUCAUGUACGUGGUCGCAGGUUCUUCAUGAUUUAGACCUUGCAACAAGCAGAGAUGAUCAUCAUGCAGUUGGUCUGGAACUCCGAUGGCAAGAGUUGAGAGAAUGCCGAACUCCUACAAGGUCCCAGCCAAGUGUUGAAUGGUCUGCGGCUGAGAUUCCUGAUCGCAUGCGGACGGCACUGGACUCGCUGAUCAUACCGGAAUGGUCGACAGAUAUUGAACAACAUGAGAAAAGCAUCCGACAACAAGUCCAGUCUGCACUCCAUGCAAUUUCAACACAGAAGCGGAGCAUGCCCAAAAAGCCAUAUCUCACAGAUGACAUUUGGGAUGACCGCCGAUGUUUGUUGCAAUUUCGCAGAAAGCUCAAGCAAACCCGUGCCUUUUUGAGCAGAGAAUGUUUAGCCAGCGUUUUCAAAGCCUGGAGCAGCAGAAGUAGUUCAUUGACCGCCUUUGAGGAGUUUCAGUAUGGCAGCACCUUGCGCACUGGCCUGCUCCACAACAUGGCAGGGUAUGUCUCAUACAGAAAACGAGUUAGAACAAAGAUCACUUUGGCCAAGCACAAUCUGAUGCAGCAACGUCUUUCGACAGUUAAUGAGCACACGUCAGCCAGUGGUAUUCUCCAUCUUAUGAGAGACUUCACUGGGCCGACCAACCCCAAAAAGGCCAAGCAGAAGACCAUACCCAUGAUCUACAACAAGGACAAUGUACUAUGCCGUUCACCUACUGAAGCUUUGGAGGCUUGGAUCACCUUCUUUGCCAGUAUGGAAGGUGGACAAAGACAAUCAAAAGCUGAACUACGAGAAGACUGGAUUUCCUCAAUGGUCGCAAUGCAACCCACAGAGAUCAUGACUGAUGUCCGACAUAUGCCGACUUUAGUAGACUUGGAGCUGGCCUUCAGGCGUGUGGCGUGCAACAAGGCGGUCGGGCCGGAUGGAAUCCCAGGAGAGGUGUGCCACUAUGCUCCGACUAAAUGUGCACGUGCCAACAUUGCUAUCUUGUGGAAGCUGCUUUUGCUGGGACAGGAGCCCCUCAUGUACAAGGGAGGUCUUCUUGUACAAGCCUACAAAGGCAAAGGUGCAAAAACAUCCUGUGCUUCUUUCAGGUCUUUGUUGAUCUCCAGCCACUUUGGCAAAUCCAUCCAUCGAGCGCUGCGAUCCCAACAAGCAAGUGUGUUUGAAAAGUUUCUGCAAGCGCAACAGUUGGGAGGAAGAAGGGCUAUGCCCGUCACAUACGGGGUUCACUUAGCCCGGGCAUAUAUGCGACAAGCCAAAGCAGGUGGACGUUCUUGUGCGAUUGUGUUCCUCGAUCUGAAGGAAGCCUUCUACCGCAUCUUCAGACCCAUAUGCAUGAAGGACUCUGUGACUGACGAGGAUCUCGCCAAGCUGAUGCACAAGCUGAACAUGCCGGAGGAUGCAGUCGACAUGCUACGCGUUAUUCUUGCGGGUCCCAGCGCUUUGGAACAGGCGGAACUGUCAGAAAUGGAAAGCAGGUGCCUCAAAGCUGUCCAUCGUCAAACACAUUUCUGGAUGAGACAACAGGAGGAUGUAGUGCAGACGAAGUAUGGCUCGCGGCCAGGAGAUCCAUUUGCCGAUGUUGUCUUCAGUUAUGUUUGGGCUGUGGUGCUUAGAAAACUACAGCAUUUCAUGCGUGACAACGGGCUCCUUAGCUCCUUCCCCCACUUGCCGCACCUGCAGUUCUUCUCCGAUUCUUCACAGAACAUUGAUGGCAACGAGGAGUUCAUAGGGCCAACAUGGAUGGAUGAUUUGGCCGUAUGCAUAGAAGCAGAUACAUCCGCUGAGGUUGUCCGCAAGACUGGCGUGAUGACAGGUAAGCUUUUGGAGCUUUGCAUCGAGCACUGCAUGACUCCCAACCUGUGCAAGAACAAGACAGAAGCCCUUUUCUCCUUCAGAGGACCAGGCUCACGACGCUACAAGAAGCUCUUCUAUGGACCUGAUGCGUCAGGAAGUCUCGCUGUGGUGUCUGAGUACGGGAUGCACCAUGUACCGGUCACUACCAACUACAGUCAUUUGGGAGGACUCCUUCAUCACUCGACUGACCAGAAAGACGAGAUCAAAAGACGCAUUGGCAUAGCCUGCGCGGCCUUCAAUCACCACAGCAAGUUGAUCUUCCGCAAUUGGAGCUUGCCCUUAGCCAAGCGCACUCAGCUAUUUGAAUCUCUAGUUCUGAGUAAGCUUUUGUACGGGGCAGAAACAUGGGUGGUGACGGAGAAUGCCACGGUAGCGCUUUUCAAUGCAGCUGUGAUUAAGCUGUACCGCAGACUCCUUCGGGUGCAGCCUGAUCAGCAUUUGGCUGAUGAUGCCAUCCUGUCCCAGGUUUGUCUGCCCAGUCCAAUUGAGCUUGUCAGGAGAGCGAGGCUCAGAUAUGUUGCUACACUAUUUCAUUGCGGUGAACGCAGUGAAUGGGGACUCCUGGCAAAGGACAUGGCAUGGACUUCGCUGGUGGAGGAGGACAUGGUCUGGGUCUGGGACAACAUUUGGCACAGCUCCACGAUGCCGGACCCCCGCACCAAUUGGAGUGCAUGGAAGGAACUGAUUGUCCAUCACCGCUCAUACUGGAGACGGCUUGUCCGUCGCGCGUGUGAGCAUGCCAUUGCCCAACGACGCAAAGUGUGGCUGACGCAUCAGUUUUAUGAGCAGAUGACGAUCAUUCUUCGCAAGAUCUACGACUACGAGCCGCAUGACAACUGGAACCCCCCUCGGGACAUACCCGUCUACGGAUGUCUUCAAUGCCAGAAGCAGUGCCGAAACAAAGCGGGUGAAGCAGCACACAUGUUCCGGGCGCAUCAGCACGUGGCCAAGCGCAGAUUUCUGAGCGACUCCACCGCGUGUCCGUCCUGCCUCAAGGAAUAUCACACUAUGCAAAAGCUCAUGGCACACUUGUACUAUGUCAACUCAUGCCGUCAGACCUUGCUGAGUAGAAACUACGUUUGCCCACCAGGGCCAGGAGCAGGUUCGCAAGAAGACCAAGUACUAUGUCGUGUACAUGAUCGCAUGUUGCCACCGCUCCAGACGGAAGGACCUCAGCUUCCAGAGCCGAGAAUGAGAGAGGAGACAGAAGUGGAUAAUGACCUCCACCUCUUCUUCAUGGAAACCUUCUUAGACGCCAACGACCUGAAUGAGGCAAUGAGCGUCUUUGAACAAGAGGCUCAGCAGAGACCAUUAUCCUGGACUACGUGGACAAGCACUCUCCGCUACUUCAUGGAUAACCUGGAGGAUGAGGAUGUGCACAGAUGGCAAACCACAGCGUUGCGAGCCCGCACAAAACUCGAAGGCUUGCUUCAGCCAGAGAAGUGGAAUCUGUGCGCCGUAGCCACACAUCAACAUGAAAGUCUUUCUGACCUGGAGCAAGAAAGCAGAGACGUUGCGGGCACAUCUUGGCCCCAGCGUACUCACAUCCCGCCAGCGUUUGGGAAACACCGAGUGUUGCUCCACAUGUUUUCGGGAAGACGCCGAGUGGGAGACGUGCAAUUCUUUUUGGAUCGCAUGACCCCUCCGGACAACUAUGUGCUCCACGUUGUCAGCAUGGACGUGGUGGUUGACCGCGUUUGGGGGGACGCGAUGGCUCCUGGUACAAGAGACUACUGGUUGAGGGCGGCCACCGACGGCUACAUUGCAGCCUUUCUUGCAGGCCCGCCCUGCGAAACCUGGUCUAAAGCGAGAGGCCAACAACUCAAGCAGGCCCGCCACAGUCGAGGUCCUCGAAUCCUGCGGACCGAGGACCACCUUUGGGGCUUGCCAUGUCUGGCUUUGAAAGAGGUGCAACAGGUCAUCACUGGCAAUGAGCUGCUUACAUUUACGCUACUCAUGGCUGGGAAAGUGAUCUGCACUGGUGGUUCAGGGGUGGUCGAACAUCCCGCCGAACCGGAAGAACCACAGGCAGCUUCGAUCUGGAAGCUGCCGGCAAUGCUUGCUCUUCUUCAAGCACCAGGUGUCCAACGACAUCGUCUAUGCCAAGGACUCUUUGGUGCUCCUUCAGCGAAACCGACUGAGCUCCUCACGAUCAACCUGCCCAGACUGCCGCUCCAUCUUCAAGCAUGGAUGACGCGGUCUGAGAACCCGAGAGGACAGGCAAUUGGUCUGACUGAGGACGGAUUUUGGCGUACCGGAUAUCUCAAAGAAUAUCCGCCAGCUAUGUGCGGAGCACUAGCCGAUGCUUUCCGCACCAGACUAGAUUCUAUUGGUGCGACGACCGGGGUCGAACCAUCCGAAGCUGACAAAGCUCUGUGGCGUUCACUUACUGUGACAGCGUACAGCAGCCACAUGGGAGCUGAUUAUGCCGGAUGA